UGCUGCCUCACUGCGGCCGUUCUCGAACGUACGUGACGUCGUUUCCUCUCUCCAACAUGGCGCAGGAGGCAGGUCGUUAAUGGAAAUCGGAGGGAUUUACCCCACCUUUCUGUGUUUAUUUAUGUUUGUCUGUUAGUUGCUCUGCGGCUGACAUUUGUAAAGGAAUACAUCUCCAUUCGAGGCGGCUGCAGCCCCCCUCGGGACCAGGCACACCUCGCCCCUAAUUCCGGUGCGGCAUGUUUGAGGGCAAAAAGACGAAAAACAUGUUCCUUACACGAGCUUUGGAAAAGAUCCUGGCCGACAAGGAGGUGAAAAAGGCUCACCAUUCACAAUUGCGCAAAGCCUGCGAGGUGGCACUUGAGGAAAUUAAAGAGGAAUCAGAAAAAUUAAGUCCGCCCAGUGGAGACGGUAAAUCGGGUUCCAGCACUUUACCACCAAUCAAGUCAAAGACCAACUUCAUUGAAGCCGACAAGUACUUCUUGCCGUUUGAGCUGGCAUGUCAGUCCAAAUGUCCCCGCAUUGUCAUCACCUCGCUCGACUGUUUACAGAAGCUGAUAGCGUACGGCCACCUGACGGGCAGCGCCCCGGACAGCACGGCUCCGGGCAAGAAGCUCAUCGACCGGAUCAUUGAGACCAUCUGCGCCUGUUUCCAAGGGCCACAGACUGAUGAGGGCGUGCAACUACAGAUUAUUAAGGCUUUGUUAACAGCUGUGACCUCCCAGCACAUAGAAAUCCAUGAGGGCACUGUGCUGCAGGCCGUCCGCACGUGUUACAACAUCUACCUGGCCAGCAAGAACCUCAUCAACCAGACCACAGCCAAGGCCACGCUCACACAGAUGCUGAACGUCAUCUUCGCGCGCAUGGAGAAUCAAGCUCUUACAAAUCACAAGCUAUCUUGGUCUCUGGCCUCCAGAAAGCGUGACCGCCAGCUGCAGGAAGCAAAGCAGCUGGAGAGAGAGCGGCACCGGCAGCACUCCCCGGUUACCCAGCAAAGUGAGCCAGACUCCCCCCAGCUCCAGGCUCACAUCCACCCGCCGGCCAAGAGUCAGCCCCAGGAGGCCAAUGGGCCUGUCACCCCUCCAACACCCAGCAUUACCAUCCCAUCCACCCCGUCCACCCCCUCAACACCCGCCCCAGAAGGCAGCAGCAGGUCUGUGUCUGGGGAGCAGGGAGAGCAGGGGCCCGUCUAUGAGAGCCCAGAUCCAGAAAACGGUUCUGAUUUCUGUGUGGCUGAAAACGAACAGACUGAGGCAGAUCAAGCCACUGCAGCAGCACAGAAUGCAGCAGCCCUGCAGCAUCCAGAGGGAGGUGAGGACGAGGGGACCCCAAACUAUGAGGAAAAAGCUCAGGAAAUCGUCCAGAGUAUUCUGCAGGAGGUGGUCAACACUGUUGCAGGAGGGCACUGCUUGGACCCCACAAACCUCUGCUCUGACACCAAGGAGUCUGGCGCCGAUGGCGAGACGGCGGAGUCGGAGCCAACUGAAGCGCAGACAGAGGGUACCCAGAGCUCCCUCGAGGACGAGGGCACCCUGGGUAGCGACAGCGAGCACGUCCAUGCCAACGGCAUUCCCGGCACGCCUAUUUCUGCCAGCUUCACCCCCUCGCUGCCCGAUGACAGACUGUCUCUCUCGUCCAAUGAUACUCAGGAGUCAGGAGCAGCGCCGGGCCAGCCACCAGGUGCAAAGUUCUCCCACAUCCUCCAGAAAGAUGCCUUUCUUGUCUUUCGCUCACUCUGCAAACUGUCAAUGAAGCCGCUGUCAGAUGGACCACCUGAUCCCAAAGCCUUGAACAGAUGGCUGGAAAAAAGAUACAGACAAGGACCUUCACUUUAUGCACAAAAAUACACACAGUCCCAUGAGCUGCGAUCGAAGGUCUUGUCCCUCCAGCUGCUCCUGUCUAUCCUGCAGAACGCCGGGCCCAUCUUCAAGACCAACGAGAUGUUCAUCAAUGCCAUCAAGCAGUACCUGUGUGUGGCCCUGUCCAAGAAUGGUGUCUCCUCCGUGCCUGAGGUCUUUGAACUCUCACUCUCCAUUUUCCUCACUCUGCUCUCCCACUUCAAGACGCACCUCAAGAUGCAAAUCGAGGUGUUCUUCAAGGAGAUUUUCUUGUACAUUCUUGAGACGUCCACAAGCUCCUACGACCACAAGUGGAUGGUCAUACAAACCCUCACUAGAAUAUGCGCAGAUGCCCAGAGUGUGGUGGACAUCUACGUGAACUAUGAUUGUGACUUGAAUGCUGCUAACAUAUUUGAGCGGUUGGUCAAUGACCUCUCGAAAAUUGCGCAGGGUCGCGGAGGCCAUGAACUUGGCACAACCACCCUACAGGAGCUGACCCUGAGAAAGAAAGGCCUUGAAUGUCUAGUGUCCAUCCUGAAAUGUAUGGUUGAAUGGAGUAAAGACCAAUACGUCAACCCUAACUCCCAGACUAGCCUUGCAAGAGCAGGCCAGGAGAAACCAUCAGAACAGGAGAGCACAGAAACCAAGGCCCCGGAGACAAUAAACCGCUAUGGGAGUAUUAACUCUCUGGACUCCACAGCCUCGUCUGGCAUCGGCAGCUACAGCACCCAGAUGUCCGGUACCGACAACCCUGAGCAGUUUGAGGUCCUCAAACAGCAGAAGGAGAUCAUCGAGCAAGGCAUUGACCUGUUCAACAAGAAACCAAAGAGGGGAAUCCAGUACCUUCAAGAGCAAGGCAUGCUGGGUACAACCCCAGAGGAUCUUGCUCAGUUCUUGCACCAAGAAGAGAGGCUUGAUUCGACUCAAGUGGGAGAAUUCCUUGGAGAUAAUGACCGUUUCAAUAAGGAGGUGAUGUACGCCUAUGUGGAUCAAAUGGACUUCCAGGGCAAAGACUUUGUUUCUGCACUAAGGAUAUUCCUGGAGGGCUUCCGGCUCCCCGGAGAGGCCCAGAAGAUUGACCGGCUCAUGGAGAAAUUUGCAGCGAGAUAUCUUGAAUGCAAUCAGGGGCAAACCCUCUUUGCCAGUGCUGACACAGCAUACGUCCUUGCCUACUCAAUCAUUAUGUUGACAACAGACCUUCACAGUCCACAGGUGAAGAAUAAAAUGACAAAAGAGCAAUACAUCAAGAUGAACCGCGGCAUCAAUGACAGCAAAGACCUGCCUGAGGAAUAUCUCUCAGCGAUCUACGACGAGAUUGCGGGGAAAAAGAUUGCCAUGAAGGAGACGAAAGAGAUCACCAUGAAAUCCAACAAGCACAGUGUGGCUAGCGAGAAGCAGAGGCGGCUGCUGUACAACGUGGAGAUGGAGCAGAUGGCCAAGACGGCCAAAGCUCUGAUGGAGGCCGUCAGCCACGUGCAGGCUCCCUUCACCAGCGCCACACAUCUGGAACACGUCAGGCCCAUGUUCAAGCUGGCAUGGACACCGUUCCUGGCAGCUUUCAGCGUGGGUCUACAGGACUGCGAUGACACCGAGGUGGCCUCACUGUGUCUGGAAGGCAUCCGUUUUGCCAUCAGGAUAGCAUGCAUCUUUUGCAUACAGUUGGAGAGGGAUGCUUAUGUGCAGGCCCUGGCGAGGUUCACCCUGCUGACAGCCAGCUCUGGCAUUUCAGAAAUGAAGCAAAAGAACAUUGACACCAUCAAGACCCUCAUCACUGUGGCCCACACCGACGGCAACUACCUGGGCAACUCCUGGCACGAGAUCAUGAAGUGCAUCAGUCAGCUGGAGCUGGCUCAGCUGAUCGGCACAGGGGUGAAGGCACGCUACAUCUCAGGGACGGUACGGAGCAAAGAUGGCUUCAUUACAACUACAAAGGAGCAGAGCAACGACGAGUACCUGGGUCUAGUUGGUGGGACAGUGGACCGUAAGCAGAUCGCCAGCAUCCAGGAGUCCAUCGGGGAGACCAGCUCUCAGAGUGUGGUGGUGGCUGUGGACAGGAUAUUCACCGGUUCUACUAGACUGGACGGUAACGCAAUAGUUGAUUUUGUGCGCUGGCUGUGUGCUGUGUCCAUGGAUGAGCUGGCCUCACCCACACACCCACGCAUGUUCAGCUUGCAAAAAAUAGUCGAGAUCUCCUACUACAACAUGGGUCGCAUCAGGCUGCAGUGGUCCAGGAUCUGGGAGGUUAUCGGAGACCACUUCAACAAGGUUGGCUGUAAUACCAACGAAGAUGUGGCAAUUUUUGCAGUGGACUCUCUCAGGCAACUAUCCAUGAAAUUUUUGGAGAAGGGGGAGCUGGCAAACUUCAGAUUCCAGAAAGACUUUCUGAGGCCCUUUGAGCACAUCAUGAAGAAGAACAGGUCUCCCACCAUCAGAGACAUGGUGGUGCGCUGUAUAGCCCAGAUGGUUAACUCCCAGGCGGCGAACAUCCGCUCUGGCUGGAAGAACAUCUUCUCUGUCUUCCACCUUGCUGCUUCUGACCAGGACGAGAGCAUUGUAGAGCUGGCCUUCCAGACCACCGGCCAUAUCGUCACGAAUGUAUUUGAAAAGCACUUUGCGGCCACCAUUGACUCCUUCCAGGACGCUGUCAAGUGUCUGUCAGAGUUUGCCUGUAAUGCCUCCUUCCCGGACACCAGCAUGGAAGCCAUCCGCCUCAUCCGACACUGCGCCAAAUACGUCUCAGAGAGGCCACAGGCCUUCAAAGACUACACCAGUGAUGACAUGAAUGUAGCGCCUGAGGAUCGCGUGUGGGUGCGAGGGUGGUUCCCCAUUCUCUUUGAGCUCUCCUGCAUCAUCAACAGGUGUAAGCUGGAUGUCAGGACCAGAGGGCUGACAGUGAUGUUUGAAGUGAUGAAGACCUACGGGCACACCUUUGAGAAACACUGGUGGCAAGACCUGUUCAGAAUUGUCUUCAGGAUCUUUGACAACAUGAAGCUGCCUGAGCAACAGACUGAGAAAGCAGAGUGGAUGACCACCACUUGCAACCACGCUCUUUAUGCCAUCUGUGAUGUCUUCACUCAGUACUUUGAGUCCCUCAAUGACGUCCUGCUGGAUGACAUUCUGGCUCAGCUCUACUGGUGUGUGCAGCAAGAUAAUGAGCAGCUCGCCCGUUCAGGCACCAACUGUCUAGAGAAUGUGGUCAUCCUGAAUGGAGAGAAAUUCUCCCUUGAAACCUGGGACAAGACCUGUAACUGCAUGUUGGACAUCUUCAAGACCACCAUCCCACACACGCUGUUAACAUGGAGACCAGCAGGAGCAGAGGGAGAAAACAUGACAACACAGAGCCUGUCAGACAAACAGCUGGACUGCGUUUCCCAAAAGUCAGUGGAUAUUCAAUCCCGCUCGGACGACCAGCAUUCCAUCAGCAGUACUGAUAGGGUUGCCAUGGAGAGCCGUCGACAGAGUCAGUACAGCUCAGCCUCAGGCACGUGUGAGGACGGCUCCAGGAGCAGGACCCCAAUAAAGAUCCAGGAGCAGCGCCUAUUCACAGCUUUGCUGAUAAAAUGUGUCGUGCAGCUGGAGCUGAUCCAGACGAUUGAUAACAUCGUGUUUUUUCCUGCCACCAGUAGGAAGGAAGAUGCUGAGAACUUUGCCGCUGCUCAGCGGGAUGCCUCGUAUGCAGCUGACGUCCCAGUGGAGGCCCAGGACCAGGGCAUGUAUCGCUACCUGACCUCAGAACAGCUCUUGAAGCUGCUGGACUGCCUGCUGGAGUCGCACAGCUUUGCCAAGUCUUUCAACUCCAACAACGAGCAGAGGACCUUACUGUGGAAAGCAGGUUUCAAAGGAAAGUCGAAGCCCAACCUGUUGAAGCAGGAGACCAGCAGCCUGGCGUGUGGCCUGCGCAUCCUGUUUCGUAUGUACACAGACGAGAGUCGGCAGGACGCCUGGGAGGAGGUCCAGAGACGACUACUUGAUGUGUGCAGUGAGGCUAUAGCGUACUUCUUGGCUCUGACCUCAGAAAGCCACAGGGAGGCCUGGACCAACCUGCUGCUGCUUUUCCUCACCAAGGUGCUAAAGAUCAGUGAUGGAAGGUUCAAGGCGCAUGCGUCCAGAUACUACCCUCUGCUGUGUGAGAUCAUGCAGUUCGACCUGAUCCCUGAGCUGCGGGCUGUACUGCGAAAGUUUUACCUGCGCAUCGGCCUCGUGUUUAACAUCGCCCAGCUGCCUGAGCCCGCACCCGAACCUCGGCCGGCACACGUUGAACGGGAAGCAGACACAGAGGUGGGGGAGGAGGCCGGGGAGGAGGCCCAGUGAUGCUGCACCACCAACAGCCUCGUACACAGAGCUCUACUGCGCUGUGGCUCUGCGUCACCUCAGCGUAGCCUACGCCUGACUCAAACAGCUGAUUGUCAAUCGGCUAUCUGCUACCACCCACCCGCACCCUUAACCCUGUCACUACACACACAGACACGCCUAUACACACAAAACAGCCCAGACAGAGUCCUUGAUAUCAUGAUGAAAACAGUAAUGUCUUGUGCAAGGUGUAGCGAUGCCUCAACCAGAUACAACUACUGAUUAACAGCUGACAGUUAUCCAUAUCUCUGAUCUGCUCAGAAGGAAUUUAUUUCAAAACAAUGUGUGCUUCUUACUGUAUAUUUAAAAAGUCAAGAAUGAAUGGGUUUCAACAACAUGCAAAAAGACAUAUUUAAUAACUCUGAAAUGUGACAUUUGUCACACAGUGAUAGUAAUGAUCUUUCUGUCUGCACCGCAGAUGGCAAACAUUAGUGUUGGUAGCCUCUUGGAUGAAGCUAGUUGUACAGAUCUGCCACUAUGUAAUAUAAUCUUAUAACACUAGAUUUCAUUUAUUUUCAUUUUUUUCCUCCUCUGAAUUUGCUGCACUUGAUCUCUUUUUGAAUGCACUGGAGAUUUUACUUUUGUGAUAAUUUAUUUGACUUUACCAUCGUCUGCAGAUUGUCCUACAAAGUACGAUUUGUAAUUGAACAUGACCGUGGAAAGUGAAGGGUUAAAUUAUUCCAUUUUAUAUGUUCUUAGGUUUUUAUCGGAAAUAGAUAACUGGGCUUCUGAAACUGGAAGAUGAGAGAGCAAUCUGAUGCUAGCUGCUUUUGAGUCAGUCUGUCUUCAUGUUUGAGUAUAGUUUUCACUCUUGUGUACAAAAUCAAAAGUUAAUAAUAUAUUUAAUGUUUUUUUUCUUUGGUUUGGUGUGGGGAAAAGGUUUAUGUAUAGAGAAAAUGACAAAUGUUAGCCGUGCUUUAAGUAUGAAUGGGAAGCAUUCCUGCUCAUGGAUGUAGAAAACAAAAUGUAUAUGAUACAGCAAUGUAAAGUUUUCUAUGUUGCAAAAACGAUUAUGUACAACUUUCUGUACAAUACAUCAUCUGGCAUUCUAAUCAGGUUCUAGGUCAAUAAAGUUUUUGAACCGGUUGAUUUGAAA